CAAGUACACUCUAAAAUAGUGGGGGUAUGUGUUAUUUAUUUCCCUUUCUUCCCUUUACCAGUGGCGUUCGCAGCAGCAGCAGCGGCUUCCUCAUCUGCCAGCAAGGCCUGGAUAUCCUUCUCGGCGAGCCAGCCAUGGACAGCAUCAAUCACCUUACCCAGGGUGUCACCACCCCUGAGCACAUCUGGUAGAUUGUGGACGUCAAGCCCGGCCCUAUGGUCGGUACAUCUGUCCUGGCCAUAGUUGUAGGUUCUGAUUUUAUCGCCCCGUGUAAGCUGCGCUGAUGACAACACGCUGCUUCUUAGUGCCCUAGCGGCCUCUUCUCUGGCCUCACGCCUUUUCUGUGCAAUUCUUGAUCGAAGUAACCUCCAGGCAUCGGCUCGAUUGGUGUGUUGUGAACGAGAAUCCUGCAUGCUGACGGUGAUGCCCGUGGGAAUGUGCGUCAACCGAAUAGCAGACUCGGUUUUGUUGACGUGCUGUCCUCCUGCUCCGCUGGCUCGCAUCUUUUCAGAUUUCACCUCGGCCGGGUCGAUGUAGAAGUCACUCUCCGGGUUGUCCCAGUCACCAUCAGAGGCUGUGGCGUUCUCAGCGAAAGACGGCAGCACCCAGACGGCUACAGCACUCGUAUGAGUCCUUCCACUCUUCUCUGUUGCCGGGACACGCUGAACCCGAUGCAUGCCCGCUUCACCACGGAAGUGGGCAUACGCUCCCUCCUCCAUCACCUCAAGUACAGCUUCCUGAAGGGCUGUCUCCCCAUCACCUCCCUUUUCGCCGGUACUGUCGGCGGCCAAGUACUGUACAACCUUUGUGCGGAAGCCUUUAUUGGCGCAAUAUGCUUGGUACAUCUUGAAUACCGAGUCGGCAAAGAACCGACCUUCGGUUCCUCCUGGCCCAGGGACGACUUCAAUGAGGCACGGCAUGUCGGCGAAGGGAUGCUUGGGAGUCAAAGCCACGGACAGAUUCCGACUCGACUCAGCCAGCUGCUCAUUGGUAGCCGCGAGGUCCUCUUGCGCCAUCUCCCGCAUUUCAGCAUCGUCUGACUUCAAGAGCCCCUCCAGCUCCCGGAGAGAAGCCUUGGCAUGCUCGAACUUCUUGAAGGCCUCUGCGAUCCUGUGGACUUCGCCUGCACGCUUUGCAAUCUUCUCGUCAAAGUUGUCAGCUAGUUGUGCCGUCAAUUGAUCGUGUUCGGCGGUAAGAAAUCUUGCGCGGUCGAGGAGAGCUGGAGGAAGCUUGAAGGAGUCUACUCGCGCUGUUAGCAGAAAACCAUAACGGCAAUCAACGUUAUUUUACCUGUGCUAGCCCUCCGUAGAAACUGCUGCGAAAAGCCGAUUCGCCUGAGCGAUCGCACGCAGCUUCGACACACCCAUGGUGCCGCCAACAUUGUCGUGGUUUUAAGUUACAGGCAUCAGCGCAGAAUCUCUUAGGAACCGCCUGCCCAACCAGAGUUGCUGACACUGGACUCAGACGGGCCCUGCAGCUUCUCAUCCAAUCCUCGAAAUUUCCCGGCAGGCAACGCUCUUCUGCCGCUCUUCUCCGCCUUCUAGAAGUAGGUGGGUGGAGUCAUACACCCUGGUUCCAAGUGCCCCUCCCCCACCAUAAUGGGUGGUGAAUUGGACACGGCAUGAUAGGACGACUCAGCGGCGGUCCGGCAGGCGCAUUGUGAUCUCUUCUGACUUUUUGACUCACCUCUAUCGUUUUUCACCUACUUUUUACUUCUUUACCGGCUUCUUUCUUUUCUCAACACUGUUCGACAUCGAUACCAUGGCCGAAACCGCCAAUGCCGUGGCUCUCAAUGAGUCCCAAGUCCCCGAAGUCCCGGCCGAAGCCGCUGCCCAAGGGUCCAAGCAGACAGUUGACCCUUGGAACGUUCAAGGGGAGGUCGGCGCAGACGGCCAGAUCAAGGCAAUCAACUACGACAAGCUGAUUGAGGAGUUUGGCACCAAGAAGAUUGACGAGGAGCUCCUCGCCAGGUUCGAGCGCGUAACAGGGAAGAAGCCACACCAUUUCCUUCGCAGAGGCAUCGUCUUUUCGCAUCGCGACUUCGAGCUUAUUCUCGACCGAUACGAGCGCAAUGAGCCAUUCUUUCUGUAUACUGGACGUGGGCCCUCGAGCGACUCCAUCCAUGUUGGACACUGCACGCCCUUUAUGUUUACAAAAUGGCUUCAGGAUACCUUUGACGUUCCUCUUGUAAUCAUGUUGACGGACGACGAAAAGUACCUGUUCUCGGAGAAGCGCACAAUUGAGGAAGUUCAAGGGUACUGCGACAGCAAUAUUCGGGACAUUAUCAGCAUGGGCUUUGACCCAAACAAGACAUUCAUUUUCUCUGAUUACGACUACGUUGGCGGCGCAUUCUAUCGCCAAAUCACGCGGUUAGCGAAGCACAUCACGCUCAACCAAGCGCGUGCCAUUUUCGGCUUCAACGACUCCUCCAAUAUUGGCAAGAUUCACUUUGGAAGUAUUCAGGGUGCUGCUGCCUUUGCCAACAGCUUCCCUCACAUUUUCGGUGAGGACGAAAAGAAGACCGUCGGCAUCCCAUGCUUGAUUCCAUGUGCCGUUGAUCAGGACCCAUAUUUCAGAGCGACCCGUGAUGUUGCCGCCAGACUUACCUACCAGGGGGUGCGGUUUGCGAAGCCGUCCCUGAUCCAUUCUUUGUUCUUGCCAGCCCUCCAGGGGCCAGGCACGAAGAUGUCUGCCUCGAUUGAUUCCAGCGCCAUCUUCAUGACCGACACUCCCAACCAGAUCAAGAACAAGGUUAACAAAUACGCCUUCAGUGGUGGCAAGGUGUCCGUCGAGGAGCACCGCGCAGUGGGAGGUGACACAGACGUAGACGUUGCCUACCAGUACCUCCGCUUCUUCCUCGAGGAUGACGAAGAACUUGAGAAGAUCCGGGUCGCCUACUCUAAGGGCGAGCUCCUCACGGGUGAGCUCAAGGCGCUUUGCAUCAAGGAGCUCCAGACUUUCGUCGCGGCGUUCCAGGAGAGGAGAGCCAAGGUCGACGAUGCAGCUGUCAAGCAAUUCACCGACAUCAGACCUCUCACCUGGAUGGGCAACCCCAAAGUACCCAAGGCCGAUAUUGUGGUACCGAAACUAGAAGGUGCUGAGGGUGCCGAGGGCGGUGAUGGGAAACUCACAAAGAACCAAUUGAAGAAGCUGGAAAAGCAGAGACAGAUAGAGGCGAAGAAGGCCCAGAAGGCCAAGGAGAAGGAGGGUUCUGCCGCUGCUUAG